GACUCUGCUCAUUGUGCAGUAAUCACUCGCUGAAAUGUGGUUCGCGCGGUGUCUGCGUGUGCCUACUACUACACAUCAGAGCGGUACGUUGCUCGCGCGGUGACGAAACUCCGUUCGAAUUCGGCGCGAACGAUAUUAUUAUUAUUGUAUUAUAUAGGUACCUACCUAUAUAUACCGCGUAAGCGUUUCGAUAUUUACCGAACUCACAUUCGUGUUUGUGGUUAUAACAGUAAUAACAAAAUAUAAUAACAAUAAUAAUAAUAACUGCAAUCAUAACAAUAUAAAAUUUCGCCGGUGUAAUUGUUGGUAUAGUUGUAUUUUAUAGUAACCAGUAAUAGUAAAAUAGUAGUACCUAAACCAAUAGUAAUAUAGUGGUGUACUAGACACUAUAGUAUAAUGGUAACAAUAGGUAAAUUUAAUUGUUUUACCAUGCGACGUGCGUUUUGUAUUGUUUUUUAAUUUAUCAAAAUAAUAUGCUAUAUUAAUAUAAUAAUAAUAUGGUGAUUAAAGAACCGCCGUCUAGACUCGACGCCGUCGACAGAUUACGUUGUUUACCGAGACAAAGAUAUGCAAGUAGUUCCAUCGACUUAACAUCUUUCCAGGACUCCACCCAUGGGCAUGACUUCAAUCAAGGUCAUAGUCGAGUAGUCAUGACCAGAAAAACGGAACGGAGGAUAUUUGUCGCCCCUUCAAAAUUGGGACAGAAACCCAAAUUUGAAACCCUGACCAAAGAAACCGUCCAGACGUUUCGGGGUAACAAAACAGAAAGGAAAGUGACUUCUGAAACGAAAAACAUAGAAGAAACGAUUGAUAGCAAAUUGGAUGGAUCUGACGACUUCCUUUCAUCGUUGUCACCGUCAACUUCGUCACAAGAAUUAAAAACGUCAUACAAACAAAGAUGUACAGCUAUAAAAUCGCAGAAAAAAAUUAUCAUAGACAACAAGACAUUUAUACAAGAAUGUUUGGAUGCACACAAUCAAUACAGAAAAAAACACAGGGUUCCUCCUAUGAUCCUGAGUAAGAAACUUUGUAAAUAUGCAGAAGAAUGGGCGAAUUAUUUAAGCGGCAAAGGUCUCCUGGAGCACAGACCAUCGUCUUCGUAUGGUGAGAACCUGUUUUGCUCUUGGACGUCACUGCCCAACCACAGGAUCGAAGGAAGGGAACCGGUGGACAGCUGGUACGAGGAAAUCAAAUUUCACCCUUUCGGCCGCGAACCCACUACCCUGAAAUCAGGUCAUUUUUCACAGGUGGUUUGGGCGACCAGCAAAGAAAUGGGAGUCGGCGUAGCGUCCAACCGUUCCGGACAAAUAUUCGUGGUCGCCUGUUACGAUCCUGCCGGAAAUUUUCUCGGCCAGUUUAGAGAAAACGUUCCACCUGUCGGUGGUUUUAAAGACGCGCCGCUCAUUCCUCAUCUUGUACAGCUCUCGUACACGGACGAACAGUUGUAUAAAGACAGUUUAAAGCUACAUAAUGACUACCGGCUGAAACAUGGUUCCGGGCCACUGACUUUGGACAAAAUGUUGUGUCGUAACGCGCUGACCUGGGCAAAAACAUUAGCCAAAGAUGACAAAUUCGUCCAUCAGCCAGAUAAUCCUUUUGGCGAGAACUUGUUCAGCAUUUGGUCGUCGAACCAGGUGACGGCCAGAGACGCGAUAUGCAACUGGUACAAAGCGGGAAAAGAUUACGAUUACUCGAGAGAACCGAGAAUUAUAAAAUCAGGACAAUUCACUCAACUCGUGUGGAAAGGCUCACACUCCAUGGGUAUAGCGAUGGUGAAAGGCAAGUCUGGAAGAAUUGUGAUCGUCGCAAAUUAUAAUCCGCCAGGCAACAUAAUGGGACAGUUUAUGGAUAACGUUCUUAAGCCAAAUUAGACCGUUUACGUUGUCCUGCAGGCACAUUAGUCAUAAAACUUACAUUCCUUUUUAUAUUUAAAUAUGUCUAGUUAAAUAUUUAUUUUCAUUAUUUUGUUGUUACUCAUAAUCAUUAUUAUGUAUACUAAUUUCAAAAGUAUUAUUAUUGUCUUUCAUAUUAUUAGAAAAAUAUAAUAUUUAUGUACAUGUAUAUAUUAGGCAUAUAUUAUUAUUUUAUAAUAUUUACAUGCAAUUAAUAUGCCUAUUAAAUUAUAUUAGCAUUUUAUACUAAAUUAUUACAUAAUAUAAUGUGAAAAUUAUAUAAUUGUACUAGAUGAUAGUUUAUAGGCGAAUCAAAAUGUUCAAAUAAAUAAUAUACAAUUAUUUUUGCCAAACUAAGUUAGUAAAAUUCGAGAAUAUUAUUUUAAUAUAUUUAUAUUAUUGAUAAAUAUAUUUCAAGAUUUGCAAUGCAAUCAUA